CUCCUCCGGUGUCCCGGACAUAGAUAAAAGGCUUCUCCAUUCUCAUCUUGAGCCCAAUUCCCGUUCUCUCAUCAUUUUGCUUCCUAGGGUUUUUUCUCCGCCGCUCGUCCGCCAUGGGAAGAAGACCUGCGAGGUGUUAUCGCCAGAUCAAGAACAAGCCCUACCCUAAAUCGCGAUUCUGUCGUGGUGUCCCCGACCCCAAGAUCAGGAUCUAUGAUGUGGGCAUGAAGAAGAAGGGGGUCGAUGAGUUCCCGUUCUGCGUGCAUUUGGUGUCCUGGGAAAAGGAAAACGUGUCCAGUGAAGCGCUCGAGGCUGCCCGCAUUGCUUGCAACAAGUACAUGACCAAGAGUGCUGGCAAGGAUGCGUUCCAUUUGAGGGUCCGUGUUCAUCCGUUCCAUGUGUUGCGUAUCAACAAGAUGCUUUCGUGUGCCGGAGCUGAUAGGCUCCAGACCGGAAUGAGGGGUGCUUUCGGGAAGCCGCAGGGUGUCUGUGCUAGAGUCGCCAUCGGCCAGGUUCUGCUCUCUGUCAGGUGCAAGGACAACAACAGUCAGCAUGCGCAAGAGGCUCUCCGCCGUGCCAAGUUCAAGUUUCCUGGCCGUCAGAAGAUCAUUAUCAGCAGGAAGUGGGGCUUUACAAAGUUCAACCGUGCUGAUUAUGUGAAGCUGAAGCAAGAGAACAGGAUUAUGCCGGAUGGAGUUAAUGCCAAGCUUCUGGGUUGCCAUGGACCACUUGCAAACCGAGAACCAGGAAGGGCAUUUUUGGAUGCAGCUGUUACCUCAUAAACAAGAUAUGAUUUGCAGGAGUACAGGAGUCUGUCUCUUUUUUUGUGGAGGUCGUUGCGUUGUUUUUAAUUCGAGUUCAUUCUAGUUUAUGGCCAACUGGUACUGGAUUACCGUUGCAGGAACCAGUUUGUUCUUUUGAUUGUUCUCUGUUCCUUGAUUGUGUUCUCUUUCUAUAAAUUUCCGCUGAAGUAAAAGACGAUCAGUUCUCUCCUAUUUGGUAUAUGACAUGUGAUUGUUGUUAAGAUAAAACCCUAAUCCAUCCUUCAGAAUCAGAACCUGCACAUCACCACAAAACUAAAUAUUAGCAAAAAAACAUAAUCCAUCCUUCAGAAUCAGAACCUGCACAUCAGCUCAAAUGGGGAGAGAUGAAUAGCAGUAGAGUAUAUUAUCAUGUCCACCAAGAUUUGCAAGCUGCAGCAGUCAACGCCACCUUGGGGACACAGAAGAAACACGGCUGAAGGCUGAAGCAGAUGGGCAAGUGGCAGGAGAGACAAGGCGACGGUUGUGAGAAAACAACGACAGAAGGAAAUGGAAGAGAAGAAGGGAGCAGAAACAACAGCUAGCAAAUAGCAUGUGAUGUGAUGAGGAAGAUAACAUUUUCUUUUGGUUUAUUGGAAACAAAAGAGCAUUGAAUUUGCAUGCGCGUUGUGGGUAUGGGUGGAGAUUCGCUAUGCUCACUCACCUGCUUGUCAUUGCUGACCAUGAAACGCCAAAACACACGCCAUAUCUCUUCCUUCUCUCUCUCUCUCUUUCUGGAAACGAUGAUAAUGAACGGAUACGAUACAAACAAGGUAGGAAGAAAGAGAUGCCCUUUCGCCUUCCUUCUUUUAUUGCACGGAUUCCAUCAUCUCCGUACGUUACAAGAUUUUUACUUUCUGCCAUUAUUGUAUAAGGAUGAAGGAUGAAGGAUGUAGGAAACCCAUACAUAGAAUGAAAAAGGGGUGGCUAGGUAGUUCAGGGGAAUUUUUUUUUUUUUUUGGGGUCUUAUAACAUAUUAUUUAUCAUCAUUGUGUGUGAUAGAGAAAAGACACUAAAUUGUUCAUUAUCGACCGUUUGUAUAUGGAAUAUCCUCGAACAAUAUCAGCCGAAGUAAAUUGGAAGAACUUGUGAUUAAGGUUCCAUUGGUUGCUCUUUUGUAUGAAAGGAGGUGUUCAGUCCAAGUACGACAUAAAAAAUACAAGGGAGAAGAUACUUGUAUAUAAGGGUCUACCUAGCCGAAUUGGUGCGUGACCUUUUGGAGAGUAUACCCAAAAGUAAAUCCGUGUCGGUUUGACAUAAAAAGGAUAAAACAUCAUACCGAUGGAGCUAUCUGGUUUUAACAAGUGGUAUCAGAGCCUAAUAUAGAGUUUAGAUUUGG